AUUCUUAGAAUUGGCGAGUACAGCAAAACGUGCGUGCGCGCUUAUGCGCGUUACUUGCGUUCAGUUUAAGAGCUUAAACAUCCCCUAAACCACCUAAACAUCUGAUUAUUAGUUACUGACAAUGAUAAGGAUAUGUUCUCGCGCCUGUGCGAGGCGGCAUAGCCCACUUUAUGUCCCAAACUGUGCGGCACCGGCACUUUAAAACCCGAAACCCGUUCAAGAAAGUUGAGCCGCUCGCAGUGAAGUUGGAGGAACCGGAGCAAAGCGGGCGAUUGGGAAGCGACACAUCGGGCAGUUACGAUUUUGACGAUGCAGAUGAAGACCCAGAAGAGGUCCUGGAGCACGUUGAACAUUACUACGACCGUCAUAUGGAGGAACUCCGGUUGGAACGUCGUAAAGCAAGAGGAGCGAUUACACGACGGAAAUACUUCAAGGAUUUAUUUCCGCCGGAAACAAACCUACUAACUUGGGCUGCGAAGGAGCAAAUCCGUUACCUGCACAGCCUUGAUCCGUCUGAAUGGACGGCUGAAAAAAUUGCCCAAUGUUUCCCUGUCAGCGUGCUGGGAGCAAAAAAGCUGCUGAAAUCCCAGUUUAGAAUAGAGACAGCUGAACAGAUUGCAGAACACGACAGAAACGUACAGCUCAAGUGGAAGGCAUUGAAAACGGGCAAGGCGGACAAAAAAAUUUCGCCGACGACCAAGAAGCUGUACUUGGAGGGGAAGCUUCAGGAAGACCAGGCAUAUGGGAACAAGACACUUCCGAUGCCGCAGCAAAGAGAUGACACACGGGCACUGGCGCUGUCACGCCUCUCUCCAAAACCUGGUGAAUACAGCAAACUAAUUGCCACCUACUUAAAGCUGAAGAACCCCGAGAAGAGUGUGCCUGCCAAGAAAUACGAACGGGAACGCCGCGAGCAAGAGUACGACGACAUUUACACGGAAGAUAUGGCAGCUGCAACGUCGCUCAAGAGAAUGGGCAGCCAUGGAAGGCACGUACGAAUAGAUGAAUACAAAGCUGCAUCAAUGAAGUUUCAUCAGUAUGCAAGUGAAGACGUGAAUUCCAGUGCUGCGGUGUGUAUGAGAACUGAAAAUGCUUCAGACACAUUAUCGGCACCGCUUCAGGACACAGAUGGCACUACUGAACAUGACGAAACAUUUGACAUUCUCGAAGCUCACAAGCAUAAGAAAGAUGACACAUUGUCGCAGCGAGUCAGAAGCGAAAUUGCAGAAGACUACAAGUAUUCGGAAGAUGGUGACGAAGCGCCGAAACGGUGCAUCACAAUACCGUCCCACUUGAAGAAACGAGACUCUGCUGUGUAUAGGGUUGGAAAGUGCUACUACGAUGAAGAUGGUGAAAUACUGUACAAAGUUCCUUGAUAAAAGUCGUUUGUGUAU